CUAAUUUCUUCUACUCUUAUCUUUUCCUCUACAAUUCCAGAAAGAGAUUUCCGUUAAUCUCAAAUCGCAAUGGCAGAGCACUUGGCUUCGAUUUUCGGCACGGAAAAAGACAGAGUGAAUUGCCCUUUCUACUUCAAAAUCGGAGCUUGUAGGCAUGGCGAUCGCUGUUCGAGGCUUCACACUAAGCCCAGUAUUAGCCCUACCAUUCUCCUCUCCAACAUGUACCAAAGACCUGACAGUAUUACCCCUGGCGUCGAUCCUCAAGGCCAUCCCAUUGAUCCUCAUAAAAUCCAGCAACACUUUGAGGAUUUUUAUGAAGACUUGUUUGAAGAACUGAACAAGUACGGAGAGAUUGAGAGCCUGAAUGUUUGUGACAAUCUGGCUGAUCACAUGGUUGGUAAUGUUUAUGUUCAGUUUAGAGAGGAAGAGCAGGCUGGAAAUGCAUUGAAGAAUCUCACUGGAAGAUUCUAUGCUGGAAGGCCCAUCAUUGUUGAUUUCUCUCCUGUGACUGAUUUUCGUGAAGCCACCUGUAGACAGUACGAGGAAAAUGUUUGCAACCGCGGUGGCUAUUGCAACUUUAUGCACCUCAAAAGGAUCAGCAGGGAAUUGAGACAUCAGUUGUUUGGAAGGUAUAGGAGAAGGCAUAGCCGUAGCAGAAGCAGGAGCCGAAGUCCUUAUAGGCAUCGCAGCUAUGAUGAGCGCUCUCGCAGGAGUCAUAGUAGAAAGUAUGAUGAUAGGGACCAUUAUUAUGAGAGUCGUAGCAGGAGGAACAGAAGUACAAGCCCUGAUCGUAGGAGGGGUAGGAGCAGGAGUCCUGGUGGCAGGAGAGACAGAAGUCCAGUUAGGGAUGGCAGUGAAGAGAGGCGUGCAAGAAUAGAGCAGUGGAACCGGGAAAAAGAAUUGGCAGAUCUUGCUAACAGGGGUAAUGAAGACAGUAGGUACAAAAAUGAAAACAACGAGAAUGGAUAUGCUCAAAAUCAAGAUCAGUACUACAAUCAGCAAUGACAACGAAGUGCAUAUGGAUAGUAAUGAAAAUAUCGUGCAGUGGUUUGUGUCCUUAUCCCUUAUGGUGUUUUGUCCUAAAAUAUUGUCAUUUAAGAAAAGCCACCUGCCAUAGCUUACUGCCCAUUUUCCACUUGCAGGUUGUGCAGGUUUUCAAUUCUUUGAUAAGCAAUUUGAAAAAAUUUCAACCCUUUUUUGGUGUUCUGGCUUUUCACAUGCAUUUUUGUGUGCAUCAUAUAUUGUUUACUGUCACAUCUACCCUUUAAACCAUCCUUCUAAUUCCUCUUUCCAGAUUCUGUUUGUGGUUCCCGUAUUUUCGUUCUGAUUGACAGAACUUCUUUCUGAAAUCCAUUUUUAUUUCUAGUUCUGUGAUGCUCUACUGUCAAUGUAUGCCUUCUGAGGUCAUUUUCCCCUCUUUUUUUACUUGACAAGUAUUCUCACUACUAGGCUCCACUUAGUGUUAUUUUAUGUCUAUGUAGAAGUUUGUUUGUGAAAUCGUUGGUUUAUUUGAACUUCAAGUGAAAUUUUUAAAGUUGGAAUAGUGGUUUGAAGUUUAAACUUAUAUAUCUAGUGAAAAUUGUCAGACUUCCUUUGCACCCCCGUCUUUAACUUUCACAAAACUUUUUUCCCAAAAACUACAAUGACCGGAACAUAACUUCAACUACCACAAACCCAAAUGGGCCCUAAAUGUUUGUGUCAUUUUGUUUUGUUUUCAAAUUUUGAAUUUUUGGUCGAGUAUGGAAACGAAAUAUUUUCAAGGUUUUAAAAUUUUAGGGUGUAAACACCUAUCUUUGACAUCUUAUUGUUAUGAACUGAAAUUCCUUAACAUUGCCCUGUGCUGGCUUGUUCAAAUUCUUCAAACUGUUGUUUUGUUAUUUAGGAGAAAAUAAUAAUGAUGCAUGUAAUUUUGUUUUGUUCUUGGCUCAUAUUAACAUAUUUGUGUAAUAUCUUUCUGAUAAAGUAGGAAUUACAUUUUAAAUUAGGUAAUGGAGUGCCAGAAAUCUAAGGUGCAGCUAUAUUUGUUCUUGUCCUGAUUUACUGGAACUUCGGAGCACAAUGUAAUGAGAAACUUGUCGAAGUGGUGGAAAAUUCUAUAGAUGUCCUAAUACUUCUACAUGUUUUGUUUCUACCUUGAUGUGAUCUUUUGAAGCAGGAAUUGAGAACUAUCAUCACAGGAAUGCUCAUUCAUUAAUUUGCAAAAAAAAAAAAAAAUGCUUUUCUAAAAUACAUUUUCCUUUUUGUAACAUCAUUGUCCGUGGUAUAAAAUUGUCCCUUGUUGUGUUAAGCGGGAUUACAUUAUGUAAGAAAAUGAAGACAUUCUCUUUGUUUUAUCAUACAUUCCAGUUUAAUACCAUUUCUUGGCCAUUGAUUUGUUCGUCUAGGUUGUCCAGCUCGAAUGUUUUUUUCCUCGCCCCUAGGUUUAGGUCAUCUUGAAGAUGACUGCAUGCAUCAUUUAUACUUUUGUAUAUUUUGCAAAUGCAUUUUGCUUGUUUGUGCAGUCAGGUUUCUAUGACCAGAGCUCAUCCAGGCUAGUAGCUUUCAAACUGUUUUUGAUUUUGAAUUUGUUAUAUCGGUAUUGGUCUUACAGUUAUUGAGUUUUGCAGGUCCAGGUUCCCUGCAUGUAAGGACCAAGAUUUUGAUUUUAAUUACAGCUUACCAUGAAAUGUGUACAGGUGUUGGAGCCAAGUCAGAGGAUUUAUCUCGGCAGUUUUGGUUUGACAAGCAUUUGCAGGGAAGAGAGAACAAUAUCUGAGCCUCGUCUGCUGCUCGAAACAGUGAUGUUGCAAUACUUGCUCUUGUCUUUUCUUUUUCUUUUUUUAGGGGUAAUGCAGUUUCGGAAUAGGGUAUUGUGGGUUUUGCAUUUUCUGGACUUGUGUUUUCUAUUAUGUACGAUGACCACUUUGUACGAGACUAUUUUAGGUCCCUGGAUGCGUAGUUUGUAACUUUUCUGGAAGAGAAUCAUGAUGUUAUUUAAGUAUUUCAUCGUUUAUUUGUUGCC